GGCCGUGGCAAAUCAGACUCGUCUCCCCCUCGUCGGAGGAGCAGGAGAAAAGGGGAAGGAACUCGGUUGAAUUGAUUGGAGUGAAGGGCGGAAGCAGCAGCAGCAGCAGCAGCCAUGGCCGCGCGAGCUCGAUGGCGACUCCUCGCGCUGCCGCUCGCGUUGUUCCUCGCGGCCGGCCUCGUGAAGCCGGAGGCCGCGGCGGCGGCGGCGGCGCCCAAGCCCCCCGUCCCCAAGGCCAUCUCGGACCUGAGGGACGCGAUCGUGAAGGGGCUGGGGUUCCAGGAGGAAGGGCUCAAGGUGUCCGGGUUCGACGUGCGGGACGCGCUGGUGGGGCAGGCGGUGGCGUACGAGUUCGACAUCGAGGUCGGGAGGAAGGUCCUCCCGGUGCGCCUGCUCGAGGACGUCAGCCGGUGGGACUUCGUCGACCUCCCCAUCUUCCGCUCCCAUGCCGACGCAGACGACACGGCGAUUGCCAAGAUCCGGCGAGGAGGGAGGGGUAGCGUUGUCGAGCCGACCCUGCCGCCCUUUCAGCUCGCCGGGCCCAUGGAGCUCUGGGUCCAGGACGGUGACGACGUCAGGCUCGCCUUGCCGCAUGAUGUGGAUGCUGGAACCCUGAAGAAAGUUGUUCUCUCUGAUGGUGCAGUGGUAACAGUGAAGGGUGCCAGGGCUGUGAGCCUCCGAUUGCCACUCGAACUACCACUUCCUCUCAACCGUACCACUUACAAGGGCCGCCUGUCUAGCCUGCUAGCCAUUGCACAAGCCCUACGUGGUGCUGCCCGGUCCAAUCAGAAACCUCUGCUAUCUCUUCGCAUCGAGGGUCCUACUUCCUUAUCGUCGACUCCUUCCAUGUCUCCAAAUGACAAGCUCAAGCUCAAACGUUUGGCCCCAGGCCAAGUGGAGCUCUCCUCGCGUGCUAUCCCGGCUGUCACUGACGACGACGAUGAACCACACAACACUAGAUUGUGGCCCCUCUUGUCACUGAACGGAUCAGAUGGCAGUCUGCAGGGCUUCGAGGAGCUGUUGGCCUCGGUCCUCGGAAAGAAGGCAGGCGAGAAGGGGAUAUUCAAGCUGCUGAAGGCGCGAGCCUCGGCGCAAACCUAUGUCAAGAUGGCGUUCGCGGUGGAGAAGAAGCUUGCUGAUGGAGAGGUAAACUGGUCUAACUUCCCGGAGUGGAAGACGAAGCCCAAGAAGUUGAGAGCGCACUAUGAGGUACUCGCUCGCGUGGAGGGUGGCCAGGCGAUCCCCGAGAGGAUUGCGCAGGUGCAGCCUUUCCAGGCGGACGAGGCCACGUCGGAGAGCGUGCUCACCGGGAACGUCACAAGGUCGAAGAUGGAGAUUGUGCAUCCGCCGCCGGUUUACUUCACUCUCUGAGUGCCGGAAGAGCUGGAGCUUUUUUUUUUCAAGAGCUAUAACGUCGAAUGGUUAGUUUACGGUGGCUUUGAUAAUGGAGAUGACUAAAAGCCAACUGGCGUGAGUUUCUUUGCCUAUUGUUACUGACUCCGCUAACAUGAAAAUAGUUGUUGUAUGUUACUGAAGUACUGGCUAGCUUUGUAAA